AUGUUUUUCACACUGAAAGAGAUAGUCCAGUGGAUUGGAUUGACCGUAUUUGAAAUAUGGAUAAACUUAAUUACAUUGACUAUAUUCUCAGUACUGUUAGCUAUGAAGAUUGAUGGUGUUGUGAACAGUGCUUGGUGGACUGUCUUUGCCCCACUGUUUGUGAGUGAUGCAAUGAAUGCUUAUUUUUGUUGUAUAGUAUGUAUACGUAUGAAUUUUGAAAGUUCUUACCGAGCAUCACUGUAUAGAGCCUCAUGGAGUGGAAUUUUCUUAGGUCUAACUUUUGUAUUUAAGUUUUUACUAUGUAGAAAACUGCAAGGUGAUUCAGCAAUAGAAUACAGUGAAGUUUUUGCACCUUUGUUUAUUUUGCUGCAGUUAAUAGCUGUAAGAGCUUGUCAGUUACACCAAUAA